AUGACCGACCCCACUACAAACGAAUUCUCAGAAUUCUCAAUCACCCAAAUCGAUGUCGACCUUGAUGUCCAAGAGAUUCUCCUCGCCGCCUCCCAACAUGAUAUCCCUAAGCUGCGCCGCCUAGUACGCACACCAUCUGCGCAUGCGGACGGCGCCAAUGUCAAAGACCCAGAGACCGGCUACACACCCCUCCACUCUGCCAUUGCAGCAUGCGAGCCCGAGGAUGCGGAGGAAACCAACGGCGUAAACGGCGCACCAGCGAAUGGCGACGAGCCCGAUGCGAACGCCGAGACUCUGAAGACUGGUGCUGAGACUGUGAGGUUUCUUUUGCAGGAGGGCGCUAUCUGGAAUGAUCUUGAUAACAACGAUGAGACACCUGGAUGUCUUGCAAGGAGAAUCGGAGCGAUUGAAAUUUACGAGAUGCUUGUUGAUGCUGGAGUGAGAGCGGAGAUGCUGCUCGGUCGAUUGGAGGGAUACGGACUCUUGUCCGAUGGGGAAGAUGAGGAGGACGAGCAAGAGGAAGAAGGUGCAGACGAGAAUGAAGCCGUGCCCGAACUUGUCGACGCUACCGAAGCAGACGUUGCCACUGUUACGACAACUGGAGAGAGACUUGCAAACCCCGAAGUGUCGAACCCCGGAUACCUGGAUUCAUCGCUGAAUAUCACAAGAGAUCGAAUCUUGGAUUCGGAUCAGAAUGGUGUGAUGAUGGGAUGGGAGACUUCUAUCAUGCAGAAGUCUGCGCAAAAACUCUUACCGCGCCCUGGUCUCAAGGUGCUCAAUGUUGGUCAUGGCAUGGGCAUUGUGGACGGGUUCUUCCAGGAGCAGAGCCCCGCAGCGCACCAUAUCAUCGAAGCGCAUCCAGAUGUUGUUGCAGAGAUGAAGCGCAAGGGCUGGGAUACCAAGCCUGGUGUUGUGAUUCAUGAAGGUCGUUGGCAGGAUAUUCUCCCUGGACUCGUUGGAAACGGGGAGACCUUUGAUGCGAUUUACUAUGAUACUUUUGCUGAGUCGUAUUCCGAUUUCCGGGAUUUCUUUUCAGAACAGGUCAUUGGCUUGUUGGAGCAGGAUGGCAAGUGGGGAUACUUCAACGGCAUGGGGGCCGAUCGCCAAAUCUCAUAUGAUGUCUACCAGAAGGUUGCGGAGAUGGACCUCUUUGAGGCCGGAUUUGAUAUUGAGUGGGAGGAUAUUUCGGUGCCUAAGUUGGAUGGUGAGUGGGAGGGUGUAAGGAGAGCUUACUGGGUUGUGGAUAAUUACCGGUUGCCUUUAUGUCGCUUUAUGGACUAG